CAGCAUGAAUCAAUUCCAAGUCCACUGGUUACUGGAGUCCUGUGCACACAAUGACACCAAAGGACGUGGGAAAGUAACUGAGCUGACUUAUGAAAACUACAUGAUUCUGAAGGACCUGUCAUUUUCAUGCAAAUAUAAAGUAACUGUUUUGCCUGCAAAAUCUAAAGGUCGUUUUAAGGCUGAGAGCAUUUUCUUUGUUACCCCACCUUGCUCUGCAUUUAAAGAAAAAAACCCCAAGCCCAUUAAUUGUCCUUCUGAACGAGUGCCAGUUCUACCCAAAGUGUUGGCCAAACCCGAGAAUCUAUCUGCGUCUUUCAUUGUCCAGGAAGGUAACAUCACUGGUCAUUUUUCCUGGAAGAUAUCUAAGGCAGACCUUCACCAGCCCAUGACAGGGUUUCAAGUCACUUGGGCAGAAGUAACCACAGAAAGCCGGCAGAACAGCUUACCCAACAGCAUCAUUUCCCAAUCGCAGAUACUGCCAGCAGAUCAUUAUGUACUUACCGUGCCCAAUCUGAGGCCAUCGAUGCUGUACCGCUUGGAAGUUCAAGUGCUGACAACUGGUGGGGAAGGACCAGCUACAAUAAAAACGUUCCGAACACCCGACCUUCCUCCAUUUUCACCCCACAGACCUCAUCUGAAGCGACAUCAUCCACAUCAUUACAAGCCACCCCCAGAGAAAUAUUAGACUGUUUCAGAUGAUUAUACAAAUAACUGAGAAAAACUGAGCUCCCAAGCGGAGGCUAGGAAAAGGCACAUCUGCAGGAGCAAUGAACCCAGUUUUCAAGUGGAAGUUGCCAUCCUGUACGAUCUGUAUCUACUUUGUAGCUUAGCCAUGACAGAUUGUAUUUGCACCAAGGCCAGGAUGAAACAUCCAGCAAGUAUCAUUUCAGUACCA